GCUCACAAACUAUGCUGAUGCAUUUCAACGUCAUCUAGCAAGCUGAACUUUCAAUACUUCUGCGACACGGUGAUUUCAAGUCUUGGCUAGCUUUCAUACCCUCCCGAAAAGCCGAAAGAGUUACAUUACCGCCAAUAUGCGAGUCAUAUACAAGCAGGAUAUACUAAUAGUUGAAUUGUUGCCGCUCUCGUGGAUCAACUGGUGGCUCGCGGUAAUGUGGCGCACUUGCCGUGUCCCUAUGCACGAGAACCCCUGUGUUGGCCACCUACAGCCAUUUUCCGACAGGAGUGCAGUGCGCAUUCAGCAGGACUCACAUACACUUUGUCAUAAGAGUAUAUAUAUGGCUCAAAAACGUCAACAAUUCACCGCGCUCACCUCAUCCCUCCCUCCACGAAUAACACGGUAUGUCCGGUACUGAUAUAACUGGUCCCGCCCCGUGCUACGGCACUGUCGGUGUCGAGGCUGCACUGAAACACACCGGUGGCCAAGUUGCUCCGACCCUUUUCACCAAGGAGUUUGCCUUGACAGACCGCGUCGGCGUGGUCACUGGCGGCAACCGCGGCUUGGGCCUCGAGAUGGCAACCGCGCUCGUCGAGGCCGGCGCCCGCGUUGUCUACUGCAUCGACCUUCCUCAUGAGCCGUCCUCAGACUUCCUGAAGGCGCGCGACUACGUCAGGGACCUCAAAAGUACCGGCAGUGACGCCAGACUCGACUACAUCAGCGCAGACACAACCAAUCAGCAGCUCAUGUGGAAGGUUGCAGAGAAGAUCGGCGACCAGGAGGGACGCCUUGAUUUUUGUGUUGCUGCGGCGGGUAUUAAUAGGCCCGAUUUCGACUGUCUGGAGUACCCCGACAGUGUUUGGAGCGAAGUCAUGCGCGUGAACUGCAACGGCGUCUUCUUUACGGCCCAGGCUGUGGGAAGGCAGAUGCGCCGCUUUGGCAAUGGCGGGAGUAUCACCCUUAUUGCCAGCAUGAGUGGCACGGUUCAGAACCAGAACCGCGGCUGGUGUGCAUACAACACCUCCAAAUCCGCCGUGCUUCAGAUGGCGCGCACUAUGGCGUGUCAGCUGGGCAAGGAUCGUAUCCGCGUGAACACUAUCAGCCCUGGCUACAUCUAUACGAGCAUGACCAAGAUGUUUCUGGACGGGGAUCCAGGCUUAUACGACGUCUGGAUGUCGCAGAAUCCGCAGAACAGGCUCGGUCGUCCCGAUGAGCUCCGUGGUGUAGCGACCUGGCUUGCGAGCGACGCCAGCUCUUACUGUACUGGCUCUGACAUCAUUGUUGAUGGUGGCCACCGUGCCUGGUGA